AUGAUGUAUUUGUCAUUUUUUCUCCUGUUCGUUGUUCCGUUUUUCGUUUAUGGCGUCUCAAAUUCGUCUGUGAGUUCACUUAAUAAGGACCCCUGUCACUAUUGCAACGUUCAUUUGACUUGCCGGUACAGGGACCUGGGCAAUGCCGUAAAGUCCUUAGAAUCAAAGGUGGAGAGUCUUAUUAAACAGAACAACAAAUCCUUUGGAAUCGGCAAUGCGGUUAAGUCUUUAGAGGCAAAGGUGGAGAGUCUUACUGGACUUAACAACAAAACUUCUUACGUCGGUGAAGCUGUAAAGACCUUGGAAGCAAAGGUUGAAAGCCUUCUUGGAAUGAACAACAAGACCUCUGGAAUCGCCGAUGCGGUCAAGUCUUUGAAUGCCACGGUGGAGAGUUUUACUGGACUGAACAACAAGACAUAUGGCGUCGCCGAUGUCUUAAAGUCCUUAGAAGUAAAGGUGGAAAAUCUUAAUGGAUUGAACAAGAAGACUUCUGGCAUCAGCAAAACCGUGAAAGCUUUGGAAUCAAAGAUUGAGAGUCUUAGUGAACUGCGCAAUAAGACUUCUCGAAUCGGCGAUGUGGUCAAGUCCUUAGAAGCAAAGGUUGAGAAUCUAAUUGCGCUGAUUAAUCGUACUUCUCUUAUUCCACAACCGGCUCUGAUAACGACAGGUAAUCUAAAAAGAAAACUACUAAUACAAUUGUUAAUAUUUAAUCUUCAGCAAAUGUCCUUUGGUCUUUGUUAUCCUCAACUCAGUUUUAAUUCUCGGUUUUAAUCUCGUCAGCUGCUGUCUCUUCUUGCAAGGAACAAUAUACGAAAAAGACAAUUAUGAGUACAUUUUUAUUCAGGGAUAUUAUUUUCAGCACAGGCGCAUAGCUUUUGCAUUUGCUGCUUUUUCAGCCGCCUAGCUGAAUAUCAAUGUGAUACUUUCUUUCUUCAAACAGCUCAUUAAAAACAAUCAUAACCAUAACCAAACAUUCAUAACAAAAGAAUGUUGGGAUCAUUCUCAGCAGCUGGGCACAGAACCUUAUAUAAAAACAGUAGCAGGAUAUAAUAUACAACACCUUAUAUAUUCCACUUCACCAAAAUUACCCUAUUUUAGUUGCUGUGUCACUAAAUAACGCAAUUAAAUUAAAAUAGCUCAUUACUAAAAGUCCUUCUUACGAACGCCUUCUUUAACACUUAAAAGUUAUGUAAAAUGUUUUUGUUGUCUUUUGUGUAUGAGUUACAGACAAUUACAGAAGGCUUGUGUAAGAGUUCUUACAGAACGCGUAAGAGAGCUUACACAAGCCUUUUGUAAGAUACUUACAGAACGCGUAGGAAGGCUUACAGAAGGCUUGUGUAAGACUCUUUGUACAAGGCUUGUGUAAGUAUCUAACACAAGGCUUGUAUAAAGAGUCCUUACAGAAGACUUGUGUAAGGGUGCUUACGGAAGGCUUGUGUAAGAUACUUACAGAAGGCUUGUGUAAGAGUCCUUACACAAGCCUUGUGUAAGAGACCCUACACAAGGCUUGUGUAAGAGUCCUUACACAAGGCUUGUGUAAGAGUCCCUACACAAGGUUUGUGUAAGAUACUUACAGAAGGCUUGUGUAAGAGUCCUUACAGAAGGCUUGUGUAAGAUACUUACAAAAGAGUCCUUACACAAGGCUUGUGUAAGAUACUUACAGAAGGUUUGCGUAAGAUACUUAAAGAACGCGUAAGAAGGCUUACACAAGGCUUGUGUAAGAUACUUACAGAGGGCUUGAAUUCGCGUUCUCUUUCAAGAAAAAAAAAUAAGGACAAAUUUAAACUCUUUGAGCGGUGAAUUGCGCAGCUAGCAAAGGCAAAAUAUCCACUAAUAUAUAAAACACUCAGCCUGGAAGGGCUGAGGCCCAUGUAAGUAUGAAUGAAGUCUCGUGAACUACUGGUUUUUCUUGUCCUCACAGAGUGAUUCUACUAUAAGAAAAGCAGAACCAUGUUGCAGAUAUUGGUUUUGCUUCUCAUUCCAGGCUUACUUGGUGAUGCGGGUAAAUAAUUUUCCAACAUUUUAUUUAAGAUAUUGAGGGGCCAGGGAAGGGUGGUCAAAUUUCUCUAUAAAUGAAAAAUGGGGCCAUAAACGUGAGAUAACCGGCUGAACGAACGUAUUUACAUCCAGAUGGACAUUUUCAACGAGUUUGAAAAAGUUGGGAUCUGUCAAUAGACCUCGCCCCAGUGAAAAGUCACAGACAUAAAGGGUGCGUUUUAUGGAAGACAACAGAAGGGCGUGUGUAUUCAGACAAUGACUUGCUUAUAUUAUACAAUGGGGAAAACGAAAGUUGUUUUUCUUAAUUGUUUUGCUGCAGGCAAUGCUCUGCUCAUAAGCGAUCCGGUAUAGUGUGAACCAAGCCUCGUUUGUCUAGUAUAUCAGCGGUUAUUUGAUAAAUCGCAAUAUUUUGCUCUUCCUCGUCCAAAAACUGUUUAUUAUACAUAUUUCAGGUGCAACUUGUCAGAGAGAGAUGCAGUUGCAAUUCUGUGAAGGCGAUUCACUUACACUCUCUUGCGCUCAUUUUUCCAAGAACAUCAAUAUCCUUUCUGCAAACUACGGUCGUUUGACUGGAGCUCAAGUCUGUGGCUGGGGACCAAUAAUGACCACUAACUGCAAAGCUAAUGGAGCACUUGCCAAAGUUCAAGCUCAUUGUCAGGGACGUUCAAAUUGCACAUUACAGGCAACCAACAGCGAGUUUGGUGAUCCCUGCUAUGGAACUCACAAAUAUCUAGAGGUAACAAUUUUUCUUAGCCAAAACUUUUCUCAGCCUGGUUUCAAAGGGAUCUCUUUUCUUCAAUUUCUCAUUGUCGCCAGGAUUCGUAGCUUUGGCAAGUUCAUGGAUCUUGAAAAAGAAGAAAAAGUCGUAACCUGA